UUUCCGGGCGGUAAUACAGGACGCAGCCAACAAAAAACUGGAUAAUAUCACAAGCGAAACGGCCCACAAAACUGGUUUCAACAAGACUCAGGUGUGCACAGUCGGGGUUCACGUACGCAGAACGGACUACGGGCAAUACAUGAGGAAGCGGUUCCACCUGCAGCAGGAGGCCGGCCCCGCCUACUACGAGGCCGCAGCUGCAGCCAUGUUGGCAGAUCUGCACAGCGAGUGCGCCGCUGUCGCCUUUGCAGUCACCAGCGAUGACAGCCAGUGGUGCCAACAGCAUCUGCUGCCUGCCCUCACCAGGAAGGCCUCAGCAGAUGCGGCCGCCAGCGUGGGGUUCUUGAUGUCAUCGAAGAGGCCUGCGGACGACCUGUGCCUUCUGUCCUCGUGCCAGCACCUCAUCAUGGCCUACGGCACCUUCGGGAUGACCGCGGCCAUCCUGUCCGGCGGCCGGACCAUCUUGUACGACACAGCCCACCACGGUGCUCACCCACAGCCUGCCCCUCAGAUGAUGACAUCACUGGUCCCUCACUGGCGUCUCAUUCCAUAG